GAGAAAUGCUCUUCAAUCUGGAACCGUUUCUGAGGCUUUAUUCCGAACACACAGAUCCCUAUAAGGUGUUUAUAGGAAGUGCUGCACGUAAAGUUACUGUGUGUGUGUGUGUGUGUGUGUGUGUGUGUGUGUGUGUGUGUGUGUGUGUGUGUGUGUGUGUGUGUGUGUGUGUGUGUGUGUGUGUGUGUGUGUGUGUGUGUGUGUGUGUGUGUGUGGGUGGGUGGAGCUUCUCUUGUUUUGCUGUCUUGUGUUUUCUCUCUCAGCCUCACAACAGAGAGGAGGACCGGGGAGGAGACAGCCACACACGGCACCGGAGGACCCUGAUUGUACCGGCUGGAGCCCCGGAGCAGGAAGCACACAUUACCCCGGGAGCUGCUGGAUCUAUCCGUGCGUUAAAAAAGGAGUGUUUCGCUGAACCCUGCAGGAUACAGGGGGGGUAUCACCGUCACAUUGUCCCGCAGGAGGCGGACUGUGGAAAUGGAUGUUAGUGCGUGAGGGGAAUACGAAUGCGUCCUGGGAUUAAAACUUUACUUCCAGGGCUGGAUUAAAAACAAAAACAGAUAUUGAAACGUGAAAAUGGGCAACAGCUUCUCCAACAUCUCUGCCUUCCAGUCCCUGCACAUCGUCAUGCUGGGGCUGGACUCUGCGGGGAAAACCACGGUGCUCUACAGGCUGAAAUUCAACGAGUUCGUGAACACGGUGCCCACCAUCGGCUUCAACACCGAGAAGAUCAAGCUGAGCAACGGCACCGCCAAGGGCAUCAGCUGCCACUUCUGGGACGUGGGGGGCCAGGAGAAGCUGAGGCCCCUCUGGAAGUCCUACAGUCGCUGCACGGACGGCAUUAUCUACGUGGUGGACUCGGUGGACGUGGACCGGCUGGAGGAGGCCAAGACCGAGCUGCACAAAGUCACCAAGUUCUCGGAGAACCAGGGCACCCCGCUGCUGGUCAUCGCCAACAAGCAGGACCUGCCCAAGUCCCUGCCGGUGGUGGACAUCGAGAAGCAGUUGGCCCUGCAGGAGCUGACCCCCUCCACCCCCUACCACAUCCAGCCGGCCUGUGCCAUUAUAGGCGAGGGUCUGCACGAGGGCAUGGACAAACUGUACGAGAUGAUCCUGAAGAGGAGGAAGUCUCUGAAGCAGAAGAAGAAGCGGUAGCACCAGCUGGGACUGGUUUAGUUUACUGUGCAGUGAUUCGUUGUGGAUUAAAAGUCAGAUUUCUGCAGAUUAAAGUCAGAACAAACUGUAUGAGGUGACCCUGGAGCCGAAGAGAAGCUGCUGGUGCUGGGACUGCUGCACCACAGGUUCACUCUGCAGUGAUCCUGGAUGAAAGCUGAGUGCUUCUGCAGGAUUUACAAAUACAACCAAAAAGACAGAAACACUGGACUGUUCAGAUCAGCGUGGGGGAGUACGGGAGAGGAUUAGGGCCACAAGAGGAAAAGAUGUUUGGGAUGUGAGUGAAAGUAAAAAUGUGAAUAUAGCUUUGGCUGUUGGGAUUAAAGUCAGAAUUGCAUAAAAACUGACUUUUAUUCCCAAGUUUUCUACAUUUUAUCAAACUUUUGGGGGAUUUCUGACUUCAAUCACAGAUAUUUUUGUGGUCUCCGCCCCAAAGCAUUUCCUCACCUAGCCCCGAUCCUCCUCUGUAGAGGAAGAGGAGCGGCUGGCCCGCCUUAUCUGCUGCUUUAACCACAGAAGAAGAAGCUCACUCCAUGGCAUUUUGAUUUCCACCCCACAGGAAGUCCAGCUGUGGGGGUUUGGUUUUGCACGUGGCUCGGGUCACUCUGUUGUGUUUUUUUUGGGAUAAUCUGUGAAUCAUGCUGACUGUUUUUUUGUUUCCUGUGGGAGCGUUGAAGUAGCCUUUCCUCUGCUGGUGGACGGAGGUCAGGGUCCACCACUUUGCACUUUUCAUUUCCCACAACCUAACAGACACUGUAUGCAUAAAUAUAGAGGAGCAGAUCCAGGUGCUUUAUGUACUAAAGAAGCCAAAAUUGAAGUAUUUUUUGAAUAUUAAAAGAUGAAAAAAAUCCACAACUGUUCUUCUUCUUUUGCACCA